AUGAGCGGCUUGAUGGCGCGGCGUCGGCGCUCCUCCCGUGAAGGAGGCAGGCUGAGGGAUCCAGGAGAUCAAGGAGGGCAACUACGUGUGGGAGCAGCUGACGAGAGGCGAGAAGAUCUUCGACGGCGGCAAGCGGAGCUGAAGGAAGACAACAAGGACCGAUGCCGGUGGGACCUCCGCCUCCUGAAGGACUUCUUGGACCUCUAUUUCAUGGCCGCGAUCCAGGACACCCUCGCGCUGAUGAUCCGGGACAACCUGGAGGGCAAGGGGCUUGGCAGCGGGAGGCAGCGUCAUCGCCUCAGUUUCCAAUUCCGCCGAAAGCGGACAGGAGAGCUGGAAGCCAUCCGGGAGCGCAUCCUUCGUGAAGCCCACUUGAACUUUGAGAAGGAGGUCAAGAAGCUGACAAGUGGUGGAGGUUCGUCGACGUUUGAAUCGGCGAAUAGUGUGGGCGAGCGGGCGAAACUUCGUGGUUCCACUGAUGGUCAAAGUGGGAACUCUGGUGAUGGUGUUGGUGAAUCGAAACCUCAAGUUGAAGUGGAUCCAGCAUUUCAACGGAUUGAACAGCGUGGAAUUGCCAUGCUCUUGGAGCACUACCUGAUCAGCUUCGAGGCGGCGCUGAAAAAACGCAACUCCUCAAGAAUUUAG